UUACCGAUUUGUUAGUUAAUUUGAAAUUUUGGUUUUUGAAUGUGUCUGAUUCGGUUCAAGCUUUUGUUUUCUGAAAGUGUUACUGGGUGUUCUUUUAUUUUCUCGAAACAGUUUUUGAAUCUAAGCUUCAUUUAGGGUACUUGUAGUGAAUUUAAAUUGGGGGGUAUUUUGAUUUGCAAUGCUGCGAUUUUUAAUGGGUUCUAAGUCUUAAUCUUUUCUGGGAUUGCUGUUUUCAUCGAUCUAUUCUCUUACAAAAUACUUCUGCUCUAGAAAAGUUUGUUGAUGGCCCCAACGAGAAAAUCUAGAAGUGUGAAUAAGCGAUACGCAAACGAGGCGUCUCCCGUUAAAGAUGUCAGCAGUUCAAGCAGAAGUAAGCAAAAGAAGAAAUUGUCUGAUAAAUUAGGACCUCAAUGGAGCAAGGGGGAGCUUCAGCGUUUUUAUGAAGCUUAUCGAAAUUAUGGAAAAGAUUGGAAAAAGGUGGCUGCACAAGUUCGUAACAGAUCUGUUGAAAUGGUGGAGGCCCUCUACAAUAUGAAUCGGGCAUACUUGUCCCUGCCAGAGGGAACAGCAUCUGUGGUUGGCCUUAUUGCAAUGAUGACAGAUCACUAUAAUGUCCUGGAAGGCAGUGAUAGUGAACGAGAGAGCAAUGAUGCUUCUAGCAUACCACAAAAAUCUCAGAAACGCAAGCGAGGGAAACAUCAGCUAGGUGCCUCAAAAGAAGAUGUUUUAAUGUCUUGGUCAAUGGCAUCAACUGAUGGAUGCCUAUCGUUGUUGAAGAGAGCACGCUCAGAUGGUAGUCAGCCUCGUGCAGUAAAGAAAAGGACACCUCGCAUCCCUGUUUCAUAUUCUUAUAAGAAAGAUAAUAGAGUCAAUUAUACUUUACUGAAUAACAAAAAGCAGGAGUCGGAAGUUGAUGCUAAUGAUGAUGAGGUUGCACACGUGGCAGCGUUAGCAUUAACUGAGGCAUCACAAAGGGGAGGAUCUCCACAAGUUUCUCAGUCACCAUACAAAAGAACAGAGCAUGGAAAAUCCUCACCAGUUCAGAGCUGGGAUAAAACAACAGCUCAUGCCAAACUUUGUGCUGCUUCUCUGUCUGAAGAAAGAUCUCAAGGUAGAACGGGAAGCAGAAAACCUGAAAAUGGUUUUUCUGCUAGAGAUAGAAGUUCAAUGCCUAUGGAAGGUGUCGGUACAGUUGAAGUUCACAGAAAGGGAAAAAAGAUUUACAGAAAGAAAAUGAAAGUUGAAGAGGUCAGAAACAGUCUGUCUGAUGAUGGGGCUGAAGCAUGUAGUGGUACUGAAGAAGGAACGAGCGCUCUAAAGGGUAAAGCUGACACAGAGGUUUUAAAUGCAAAACAUGAGCGAUUCCCUCCAAGAGGUCAGAGGAAGAAAAAGAAGAAACUUUUCUUUGGAGAUGAAAACUCCUCCUUGGAUGCUCUGCAAACGUUGGCUGAUUUAUCCUUAAUGUUCCCAGACUCUACAAUGGAAUCUGAAUCAUCUGCACAGUUGAAGGAAGAAAGAACUGUAACUGAUAUGGAUGACAAGUCUAGUGCACCUGAAGCUACAUCUACUAGUAUUCCUGAUAAACUUUCCGGGCCCAAAGAGAAGGCAAUGAGAACUAUUACUGAAGUGGAAGGUGUUAUCCCAAGAAAGUCUAAACAGGGAAGAUACUCAGAUAUUGAUGUUGAAGUUGUCACAGAGGCAAAAGAACAGCCAGAGCCUCUAAGUAAUUCGAUGAAAAAAAGGCGCAAACCUAUUUUCACAAAAAAGUCUUCAAAUGCUGAAGCUCUUGCAGAUUCUCAUUUGAAUAGAACUUUGGAGAGUGAGGCCUCACCUGGAGGAGAUAGUAAAAUUUCUAUUAAGGGUAAGCGCACCAACCAAGUUUCUGCUCAGUCGAAGCAAUGGAAACCGGGUAGGGUAUUGGAAGCUUCUGCUAUUAGUAGUGAUCAGAAAAGAGCAAGGAUAGAUUUAGUGGCAUCAACUGCACAACUUCCUGCUGCAAGCCAAGGUAGCAAGCAAAGAAGACAAAAGAUGCAUUUACAGAGGAAAUUUAGUUCAAAAGAGCUGAAGCCUUCUGAGAGCAUAUUGAAAAACCAGCCAAAUAAAUGCUUAAUCUCACAACAAGACAAGGUUAUCUCUCCAAAGGCACAGGAAAACCUUUCUUGUUGCUUGUCAUCUGAAUUGGUGCGUAGAUGGUGCACUUUUGAAUGGUUCUACAGUGCAAUCGAUUAUCCUUGGUUUGCUAAUAGGGAGUUUGUGGAGUAUUUGAAUCAUGUUGGACUAGGGCACAUUCCAAGGCUUACUCGUGUGGAAUUGGGUGUCAUAAGAAGUUCCCUUGGCAAACCUCGGAGGUUUUCUGAACGCUUUCUGCGUGAUGAAAGAGAAAAACUCAAACAUUACCGGGAAUCAGUGAGAAAACAUUAUGCUGAACUUCGGACUGGUAUUAGGGAAGGACUUCCAAGAGAUUUACCACGCCCUUUAUCAGUUGGACAGAGAGUGAUUGCAAUUCAUCCUAAAACAAGGGAACUGCAUGAUGGGAGUGUACUCACAGUUGAUCAUGACAAGUGCAGGGUUCGGUUUGAUCAUUCUGAGAUAGGAGUCGAAUUUGUCAUGGAUAUUGAUUGCAUGCCUUCAAAUACAUUUGAUAACAUACCAGAAGCUCUGAGGAGACAAUUUGUUGCUUCUAAUAAGCUCUCCGCAAUAUCUAAAGAGCCUCAAGUGAAUGGACAUCCUAAUUUUGGUGGACCCAUAAUAUAUGCUUCAGGUGGGCAUAUGGAGAAAGCACCCAUUACCAUGGACACUUUAUUAAAACAGACACAGGGGGAUACAAACUGUGCCAUUCCGCAAGCAAAAUCAGUGGCUACGGACAUUGCUAGUGCACAACAAGCCUAUGGUCAACCUUGUACGGUGGCACAGAUCCAAGAAAGGGAAGUUGAUAUACGAGCAGUUUCUGAGCUGUACCAUUCUCUUGCUAAGAAGGAAGUAUUGUUAAUGGAACUUAAAAACACUAACAAUGACAUAAUGGAAAGCCAUAAUGGUGGAGAUGGCUCUGUAAAAGAUUCUGAACCUCUCAGGAAACAUAUUGCCACGGUACUUGUACAGCUAAAGGAAGCCAAUGGCCAGGCUUCUUCCGCUUUACUUCAUUUGAGACAAAGGAAUACAUACCCUGAAAGCUCCCUACCGCCUUGGCUGAAGCUCCCAGCCAACUCUAGUUUCUUAGGAAGCCUGACAAAUACUUUUGAUAAUUCUUAUGCCUCACAAGAAUCUGGACCUGCGGUCAUUGAAAUAGUCAGAGGGUCAAGACUAAGAGCACAUACAAUGGUAGAUACUGCUAUUAAGGCAUUGUCAUCAAUAAAGGAAGGGGAAGAUGCUUAUAUUAGGAUUGGAGAAGCUUUAGACCAUAUAGAUAAGCGGCAAUUCAUAUCCGACUCUAGGGUGCCAGUGAUCAGGUCUCCAGAGCAGGUCAAUGGCAGUUUGAGUCAUCACAAUCAGUUUGUUUCCGGUGCAGCAGAGCCCCUGCUUACUAGUUAUGCAUCUGGUCCCAAAUUUCAGGAUGGUUCUAACAAAAAUGAGACACAAAUCCCCUCGGAGCUUAUCACUUCAUGCGUUGCUACAAUGCUCAUGAUACAGACGUGUACUGAACGACAGUAUCCUCCAGCCUAUGUGGCUCAGAUAAUCGAUUCUGCUGUUUCAAGUUUGCAUCCAUGCUGCCCUCAGAACCUGCCCAUUUACAGAGAGAUAGAAAUGUGCAUGGGACGCAUUAAGACGCAAAUACUGGCUCUGAUACCAACUUGAAUCUUCCCAGUCUGCACCAUCUACCAUGUAAAUAUUUUGGUUAAAUCUUGGUUUAGGGUUUAGUUUAGAGCUUAGCUAUGAAUUUUUGUUUCAACUAAUUCAAUUAACAAUUAGCCAUUGUUAGUAUCACCCAUUAGUAACGUGCCUCAAAAGUAUUUAACUGGGCAUUUUUUUUUUUCCUCCCAUUUCCUCCCAUUUAUACUUUGUAAUGAGCGGCUAUUGUAAUUCAUCCCAUUCACAAUACUUUUGAGUUGAAUGUAAUUGGAAUUAUCUGUCA